AUGUCAGCACGUCGAUUCGCAGAUGUGCAAGCCCUCGCGACCAUUGGAGCCAAUGUCUCGAGAAAGUUUAUGGGUCUCGAGAUUCAGAACUUGAAAUCCUAUGCUGCCACCUCGAGCCUCCUCAAGAAGUCUUCUACUCCCACCACCACCACUACCGCCUCUUCAUCAUCAGCAGGAGAACCGACGAAGGCUACUUCUGCAGUACAAGGAGCAACGACGAAGACAGGGACAGGAAGGACGUACCAGCCCCCCACGACGUCGUGGAUUGAUCAGUUGUUUACCUCGCCUACACCCAUCAAGGCUGCAGCACCGGUGGUGAGCAGCAGCAGGAGCGUACAGGGACCGGCGUCGAUCGAGCAGCCAUCAUUGCUGGACCCCGAGUUCUUGGCGACCCCUGCGGCGCAUGGGUAUAACCGCCGCCCCACCGUCACUACUACCAUCCCCCCUCCCCCUCCUUCAUCAACAUCAGCAUCACUACCAGGAUCGGGAUACACGCCCACACCAUCAUCAACAGUACCGACACCCUCAGGAGCAGCAGGGAAGAAGGAAAUCCCCAUAAACAAAGAUGCGCUGGAGACACUGUUGAGGGAGUCUAGGUGGUUGGACUCGAUGGCUGCGGAGGAUACUACGGGGUUGAAUUGGGGCACUGCAGAUUUGGAACGGGAGUGGGUGAAGAAGGAGAGGUUGGGGCCUGGGAUGGUUGUUUAUGAGUCUUUGAAUGGGAUUCGGGAGGAUGGCGAGAGUUUGGAGGAUGAUGAUGAGGGAACAGGAGCAAGCCAGACAGUGGUUGAAGAUGUUUCUUAUAUGACUUCUGGAUCGGGAUCAGGAGCUUCUUUUGCGGAACCUGUGGCUCCCACGGCGACGGCAGCGGGGGCUGCUGUGCCUGAGAAACGUGUUGUAGAACCUGUUGUCAAGGCGACUGCUACUGCCACUGCUCCUGCUUCUGCUGCGGCUGAAGUAGACCCGGCGACACAGUUCAUGGAGGAGGAGAUCCGGGCUGAGCAGGUCAAGAAGAACCUGACUGCUGCUGCCAUGCCCACCUCUCGUGUCAGCCGUCUCUUGCACUAUGGAGGACUGGCGGCGUCACUGGGAGUAGGAGCGUUCACGGAAACGGUUAGGAGGUCGGUGGGGAGGGGCACUACGAAUACCGAGUCACCGGUGUUCUUGACGCCGGCGAAUAUGGAUCGGUUAGUCAGUAAGCUCACCCGGAUGCGUGGUGCUGCUCUCAAGCUUGGCCAGAUGUUGAGUAUUCAAGACAACAAGAUGCUACCAACAGAGUUAGAGGAGGUGUUGUUGCGGGUGCAGAAUAGUGCCAACUUUAUGCCCGAGAAACAGAUGCGGAAAGUGAUGAGUCAGACGAUGGGGUCAAACUGGGAGAGCGAAUUUUCAGAGUUCGGCAUGACACCAAUUGCAGCUGCGUCGAUUGGCCAGGUGCAUAAGGCGAUUCAUCGUGCCACUGGCAUGCCCGUUGCCGUCAAAGUGCAGUACCCUGGAGUAGCCGCCUCGAUCGACUCUGACCUUGCCAACAUUAAGACCCUGGUUUUGAUGUCGAGCCUCCUCCCACGUGGGAUGUAUCUUGAUAAUACGAUCAAGGUUGCGCAGCGCGAGUUGGGAUGGGAGACGGAUUAUUUACGAGAGGCGGAUUGCAUUGAGGAGUUUGGGAAGCUGUUGAAGGAUGAUCCGGACUUUGCAGUUCCCAGACUUGUUAGGGAGGCGUCCGGGCCCAUGGUGUUGACGAUGGAGUGGAUGCAGGGCGAGACGAUGAUGAAGGCCAUGCAGACGCGAGAUCAGGCUGCCAGGGACCGGAUCGGAACUGCAGUCAUGAGUCUCUGUCUGAGAGAACUGUUUGAUUUCCAGUACAUGCAGACGGAUCCCAACUGGACGAAUUUCUUGUAUAACCCCGUGUCGACCAAGCUGGAGUUGUUGGAUUUUGGAGCAACGAGGGGUUUCGAACAGAGGUUUACGAGUCUGUAUUUGAAGACUAUCCUUGCAGGCGCGGCGGGGGAUCGGGAGGGGUGUUUGAAGUAUUCGAGAGAGCUGGGGUUCUUAACGGGGGAUGAGACGCCCGUGAUGGAAAAUGCGCAUAUUGAGUCAUUGUUGACGCUCUCGGAGCCUUUCCAGGAGAGCUCCCCGGAUUUGUAUGAUUUCAAGUACCAGACGAUUACGCAGAGGGUCAAGGACCAGAUCCCGACGAUGUUGAGAUAUAGGUUAACGCCGCCGCCGGAUGAGACGUAUUCGAUGCAUAGGAAGAUGGCGGGGGCGUUUUUGUUGUGUAGUAAGUUGGGAGCACGGGUUGAGUGUAAGAAGAUGUUUAGGGAGAUUACGGGGCGGUAUAGGGAGGAUACUGUUGAUGGGCGGAGAGGGGCUGAUCAAGGGAGGGGGAGGUUUUGA